AUGUAUUGGCCGGCUUGUUCCAGCUCCGUCUUCCUAGUCGGAACCGCUCUCCAGGUCAUUCAUGCGAUAAACAUUGCUCAUGGCGCCGAAACAAGACAUACUCCGGAUGCACCGGCGACAGUAACGGAAAUCCCAUUGGGGCUAAUUGACCCGUUGAACUUGCUCCUUGGAUAUGGCCCUGGAUUGAAACCACGAGCGGAAUCAGAGGACUCUGCAUUCGCAAUUACCAUCGCACCCGAUGAGACUUGCGGCUACGUGGAUGGCGACAAAGAUUCACCAGUAACCUGUCCUAGCAGUCUUUCAUGCUCUUGGGCUGUGUCCAGUGGUAUUGGAUUAGUUGCUUGUGAAUCACAGAUUCAUAUCACAUGCCUCGAGUCUUCGAAGGCAGUUAAUUCGACUCGAUGUAAUGACGACUGUCAGAGCAAUACAUACAAUCUUCUAUGUACCAACUCGGACCGGCCCUUUUGCCGUACAUAUGUCUACCCCAGUGGCAUCUUCGACUAUCGUUGUGCAUCAACCACUGUUGAGGACCUUGAGUUUGCUUACUUUACCUUUGAAGGACAGAAGAGUCCCAAUCUUAGUACAGUAACUCUCACAGAUGGUUCCUCGGAAGGCUCGGGAGAACCAGUCACUGUAACUGUCGAGGGAAAGGCUACUGGAACGCCAAGUGCUGUCACCGUCUACAUGAUACCUCAGCCGCCGAGUGCUUCAACGACCUCCUCUGUUUCCCCCAGCUCCAGUAGCAAGUCUACCCCUGUCGGGCCUAUUGUUGGCGGCGUCGUUGGGGGUGUAGCGAUUCUUGGGCUGAUCUGCCUUGGCGCUUUCUGUUUACUUCGACGACGGAGAAAGAACAAGCGCCAGGAAUGCAUAGCACCUACCAGUCAACUCAACAUGGCUCAUCAGGCCCACCCAAUGAACCAGAAUCAAUACCCAUAUCAUGCCCAUCAACACGGAGCUAUGCCGCCUUGCACCAUUCCCAGCAUGGUAUCCUCUACGCCACUGGAUGCACGUAUGUCAAUGAUGACAGGCUCGGUCUCUCCCAAUGGACAGAAUGCACCUGCAGGGGGGAGUCAAUUACCUCCUUCAAUGAUUCAAAGCCCUGCCCCCGCGUACGAAAUGGCUGGAACCGAGGCUCGUGAACGUGAAACAGUCUAUGAGAUGGGCGCUGAUUCACCAGGGAGAAAGUAG